AUGCUGAAGAAAUCCAGUCCCCGGGCCCCCAAGCUCUCUACCUCUUCUGGCAUUUUCCACCUCGGCCUCGCAUUCUUGUUAGGACGGGUGCGUUUGCUGCAGGGACACCCCCAAUGCCUGGACUACGGGCCCCCCUUCCAGCCCCCGCUGCACCUCGACUUUUGCUCAGACUACGAGUCCUUCGGCUGCUGUGACCAGCACAAGGACCGCCGCCUCGCUGCCCGGUACAGGGACAUCAUGGACUACCUUGACCUCAGGGGCCACGCGCAGUGCGGCGGCUACAUUAAGGACAUCCUCUGCCAGGAGUGCUCACCCUACGCAGCCCAUCUCUACGAUGCGGAGAACCCGCAGACGCCCCUCCGGAACCUUCCAGGCCUCUGUGCUGACUACUGCUCUGCCUUCCAUUCCAACUGCCAUUCUGCCAUCUCCCUCCUGACCAAUGACCGCCGCCUCCGGGAGACGCAUGAUAAGGAUGGCGCCCAUUUCUGCCACCUCCUCAACCUUCCAGACAAGGACUACUGCUUCCCUAAUGUCCUGAGGAAUGACCAUCUCAACCGCAACCUGGGGGUGGUGGCCCAGGACCACCGGGGCUGCCUGCAGCUCUGCCUGGCCGAGGUGGCCAAUGGGUUGAGGAACCCCGUCUCCAUGGUCCAUGCUGGCGACGGCACCCAUCGCUUCUUUGUGGCAGAGCAGGUGGGGGUGGUAUGGGUCUAUCUGCCUGACGGGAGUCACUUGGAACAACCGUUUUUGGACCUCAAGAAUCUCGUACUGACUACUCCGUGGGUAGGGGAUGAGAGAGGCUUCUUGGGACUGGCGUUUCAUCCCAGAUUCCGCCACAACCGAAAAUUCUAUAUUUAUUAUUCAUGUCUGGGCAGGAAGAAGGUAGAAAAGAUCCGGAUUAGUGAGAUGAAGAUUUCUCGGGCUGAUCCCAACAAAGCUGAUCCCAAAUCAGAAAGAGUCAUCUUGGAGAUAGAAGAACCAGCCUCCAAUCAUAAUGGCGGACAGCUUCUUUUUGGUGUGGACGGCUACCUGUACAUAUUCACUGGGGACGGAGGGCAGGCAGGGGAUCCCUUUGGCAAGUUCGGAAAUGCUCAGAACAAAAGUUCCCUGCUGGGGAAAGUGUUGAGGAUUGAUGUGAACAGGGCCGGCUCAGAGGGAAAGCGGUACCGAGUCCCUAGGGACAAUCCGUUUGUUGCUGAGCCAGGGGCCCACCCUGCUGUCUAUGCGUACGGGAUCCGAAACAUGUGGCGCUGUGCCGUGGACCGAGGGGACCCCAUCACGCACCAGGGCCGAGGCCGGAUGUUCUGUGGGGACGUGGGACAAAAUAGGUUCGAAGAAAUUGACAUCAUUGUGAAAGGCGGAAACUAUGGCUGGAGGGCAAAGGAAGGGUUCCAGUGUUACGACAGAAAACUUUGUCACAAUGCCUCUUUGAAUGACAUUCCGCCAAUCUACGCUUAUGGCCACGCAGUGGGGAAGUCAGUCACUGGGGGAUAUGUCUACCGUGGGUGUGAAUCCCCAAAUCUCAAUGGCCUCUACAUCUUUGGGGACUUCAUGAGUGGUCGACUUAUGGCUUUGCAGGAAGAUAAGAAAACCAAGAAAUGGAAGAAACGGGACAUUUGCCUGGGUGACACUGAAUCCUGUGCCUUCCCAGGACUGAUCAACACCUACAGCAAGUUUAUCAUCUCUUUUGCUGAAGAUGAAUCAGGGGAGCUCUAUUUCCUGGCCACCUCUUACCCGAGUGCCUACGUACCACAUGGAUCUGUCUACAAAUUUGUUGACCCGUCAAGGCGAGCCCCGCCAGGCAAGUGCAAGUACAAGGCAGUGCCGGUGAAAACCAGAAGUAAGCGGGUCCAGUUCAGGCCGCUCGCCAAGACAGUCCUGGACUUGCUCAAGGAGCAGUCGGAGAAAGCUGCUAGAAAAUUCUCCAAUGCAACUUCAGCGUCCAGGCCAGACCGGACCUCAUCCCAGAAAGGCCCCUCUGAGAAGCCAGCUUCUUCCACAAGGAGCAGCAGGAAGACAUUUCGAGGGCCUGGGGCAAAGAAGAGAGCCAGAGGGUGGUCCCCAGGCCCCCAGGGCAGGAGGAUGAGGUGGAAAACCCAGAGCAGCAGGGUCAGGACGUCAGCACCGCGGAGCCGAGCGGGCCGAGGUCUCCCUGAGCCUCUUCUGUCAGGGUGGCUGGUGGGGGGACGUGCCAGGGGGGAACCGCCUCGCCACUGAUCGUGGGCCUUAGAUGGACGGGAGCCGGAGGCGAGGGGGGUGCAGGCAGAGGGAACCUGCCUCAGGGCCGGUGCGGUGGUCCUCCCCACGGCAGUCUUCUCUGCAAAAGGACCAGAUCUUGCCUAGCCAGUGCAUCCUGCUCACUGUGUGCACUGGUCUGUAAGUCUGCUUGGAAUCCCCCCUGCUUGUCUUGUUUUAUAAGUGCCUGCAACCCAGAGUAAUAAAUCAACACUUGCUCGGA